AUGGAUAAGAUUAAUAAUAAUAUAUCAAAGAAAGGUGAAAUAAGAGAUAAAAAAGAUCCUAAUUCUAAUAUAAAUAAUAGAAUUAGUUCAUCAAAUAAGAAUAUUAUUAAUAAAAAAUAUGGUAAAAUUAAACAAGCUGGAGGUAGAAAUAUAUGGAGUAAAUUACUUUUUACUUGGAUUACACCAUGGAUGUGGAAGUUUCUAGAUGGAUGUAUAAAUACAGAUGAUUUACUACAUCUACCAAAUAAAGAUAAUAUAGUUGAUUGGACUAGUAGAUUAGAGGAUGCUGUAAAUGAUGAAGAAAAAAGAAGUAAAUUAAGAGCAAGAAAAUUAAGAAUUGCAAGACCUCUAAUAAAAGUAUUUUGGUUACAAGGUUUAUUAGUAACAUUAUUAAAGGUAUUUUAUGAUAUUUUACAAACCUUGGCUACUUUAGCAUUAAGAAGUUUUGUAGCAAGUAUAGAACCAAAUACAGGCAAUAUAACUAUAGAAGAACAUGAAAUUAAAACAUCAUGGUGUAAUAAAAUGGCUAUUUUAUUUAUUAUAUUAACUCUUUUAAAGAUAUUUGUUGAGAGUCAAUAUAGUUAUUGGUGUGGUAGAGUUAGUUUAAGAAUUCAAGGAGCUUUAAUUUCAAUGACAUUUCGUAGAGUAGUACAUUGGAAAGCUCUUGCAAUAACUUCCAGUGAUUCAGCAGAUAUUGGUAAAUCAGCAAGAAAAUCAAUGAUACUUAGACAUGCUGAAGCUAGGAAAAUUCAAGAUAAAGAAGCUGUUGCAUCUUCUAAUAUAUUUAAUUUGAUUGUUGUUGAUGCUUUAGCAGUUGAAGGAUUUUUAAUAAAUACUAUAGAAUGUCUUGUAUUUCCAUUUAGAUUAAUUGUUGCUUUUUUUGUACUUAAAGAUAUAUUAGGUACUACAACAACUGCAUGUGGUAUGGCAACAUUAAUAAUAUUAUUAAUAAUUUCAUUUUCAUGUCAAAUAAUAGCUUCUUCUUAUAAAGCUCCUUUUAUGAAUGCUAGGGAUAAACGUAUUGAUCGUUGUCAUGAAGUAUUGAGUGAAGUUCGUACCCUUCAAAUGAUGGGUUUACAAGAAAUAGCUAAUGAAAGAGUUAUGUUAUAUAGAAAUAUGGAGACUAGAGCAAAUAAGAUACGUACAACAUUAUCAUUAAUUGGGAGUUGGAUUGGAUAUCAAAUGUCUAGUGUAGCUCAAUUAGUAUUAUUUUUAAUGGCAGUAUAUUAUGGUAUUAAUAUGGCUUAUAAAGAUAAUAUACCCUUAGUUAUACCAGCAUCUGUUGGUGUAACAACUUUAAAAGUUUUAUUUUCAUUAUUAGGUCCUUGUAGAAAUCUUUCUAUGUAUUCAUUUGCAACUAUUGAAGCUAUUAUUUCUUUCUAUAGAUUUGAAUCAUUUAUAAGAUCUAGACCAUUAGAUUUAAGACAUUCAGAUCCUCCAAAGAGUAAAGAACUUAAUUUAUCUAAUAUAGAUAAUAUAAGAUAUAAAUAUUCAAGAAUAUUACAAAAUAUAUAUGAUAGAGAUAAAUGGGAAAGUAUAGAGAUUGAUAAGAAUAAUAUUAAUUCUAGAAAUAAUAAAUCUAAAGGAAGUGAAUAUCUUGGAUAUUUGAAAUAUAAUAUAUAUAAUAAUUUAGAUAAGAAUAAUGAUAUAUUAGAUGAUGAAGGUAAUGUAGAAUAUCCAUUAUUAAUAAAUGAGAAAUAUAAAGAAUAUAAUAAUAUUGAGAGUGGAGAUAAUACAAAUAUUAAGGAUAAUAUAAUUUAUCCAAAGGUUCAGAUUAUAUUAAUGAGAGAUGCAUGUUAUACAUGGUGUAAAGAUAUUCGUAAUAGGAAUUCAAAUAGAAUUAGAGAUAAGAAUGAUAAUUUGAAUGAAAUGAAAUCUAAUUUAAAGAUAAAUAAUUCUAAUAUUAAGAAUAUAAAUACAAAUGGUUUAAUAAAAUCUAAUUGUGGAUUAAUAGUUUCAAAUUCAUUAUAUGAUAAUAGAUUUAAAUUAAGAAAUAUAAAUUUAUCUUUAACUUUAGGAGAGACAAUUAUAGUUGUUGGUUCUCCUGGUAGUGGAAAGACAUCACUUAUGAAUGCAAUUUUAGAUGAAAUUGUUAAAGAGAAUGGUACAGCUUUUGUUCAACCCCGUGAAGCUAGGAAACCUAUUGCAUACGCUUCUCAGAUCCCUUGGAUACCAAAUGGAAGUAUAAAGAAUACUAUAAUAUUUGGUAGGAAACUUAAUCAACGUAAAUAUGAUAUUAUAGUAGAUUGUUGUCAAUUAAAUAAGGAUUUUUCAACUUGGCAAGAUGGUGAUUCUAGAGUUGUUGAUGAAGGUGGUUUUUCACUUAGUGGAGGACAAAGGGCAAGGAUAUGUCUUGCUAGGGCAUUAUAUUCUUUACCAGAUAUUUUAUUUGGAGAUAUAGGAGAGAAUUUAGGUACAAAUAAUAUAGAUAAAUUUGAUGAAGAUAUAUUAAAUAAUUUAGAUGGUAAAUUUCAAAAUAUUAUAAAUAUAGAAUCUGAAAGUAUUUCAAAUUCAACUAGAUUAAAUUUGGAAUCAGAUGUAAAAUCUUCUAAUAUAGAUCAAUUAUAUAAAUUAUCUUCAUCUGAUAUAAAUAAAUUACAAUAUUCAAGAAAUGAUACUAAUAAUUUUAUAUCUAAUAAUGGAUUAGAUAUAGAUAAAAAAAUAAAUAAUUCUCAAUAUAAUGAAUUUAAUAAAUAUUCUACAAUUAAUAAUAUUAAUAUGAAUAAUUAUAAUAUAAAUACAAAUAUAGGAUCACCUUUAAUAAAGAAAUCAACAAUAAAUAUUUAUAAAUCUAUUGAUAUGAAUUAUUUAAAUGAUGAAGAAUCUAUAUUAUAUCUUUUGGAUGAUAUAUUUAUUAGUUUAGAUCCUGGUGUUAGUCAGAUUAUAUUUAGAAAAUUAUUUGGAUCAGAUGGAUUAUUAAGAAGAGUUGGUACGAUAUUAUCUAUUGAUUUUUCUAAUCUUUCAUUUCUAAUGAAGUCAAUGAGAAAAACAUCUCUAUCCUUUAAACCAAACAUUCUUGUUUUAGAUGAUGGUAUGAUUACUUUUUAUGGUUGUUAUCAACGUUAUAUUUCAGAAUGGUGUAAUCAGAAAGAUUCUGAUUAUUUAUCAAAUCAAAAUAUAGAUGAUAUUGUAGAUGAAGAUGAUAAUAUAGAAGAUGAUGAUAAUAUAAAUAGUAUUACAUUACCAUAUCCAAUAAGUACUAGUACAAAAACUGAAACUUUAAGGAAAGUUAUGGAAAGAGAGGGACGUUUUAUGGGUAUAGUUUCUAAAAAAACUUAUUUUUGGUAUUUUUCAAAAUUACAAUGGAACUGGACAUUUGGUUUAUUAUUCCUAUGUUUUGCUAAAACAAUGUUUGAUAAAGGUACUGAUUAUUAUAUGGGAAUUUAUACAUCUAGAUCUCCUUCAAAUGAUGUUUUAUUAUCUAUAUCAGAAGCAAAGAAAUUUGCAUUUAAUUAUACUUUUCUAGUAUUUAUUCAAUUACUUGUAAGUGCUAUGGUAUUUAUUGGAGAAGCAUUCUGUGGUCUUAAGGCUGCAACAAGUAUACAUAAUGAUAUUUUGGUUAAGGUACUCAGUGCACCAUUAUACUUUUUUGAUUCUAAUCCAGUAAGUAGAGUCAUUAGUAGAUUUAGUGCAGAUCAAUUAAUGAUGGAUAAUGUACCAGCUAUGAAAAUAGCUGCAGUACUUGUAGGUGGAAUGAAUGUUAUGUUUCAAUGUUGCAUUGUUUUAUAUGUGGCUCCUCUUUCUAUUAUUUUAUUUCCUUUGAUAAGUUUUGGAAUAUAUUUAGCUGUAGCUAGAUACUUUUCUAGAUCUUCUAGAGAGAUUCAGAGAAUGUGUUUAGUUCUAUAUUCUCCUCUUUGUGGUGUAUUUUCUGAAGCAAUGAGUGGGGGACCUAUUAUAAGAUCUUUUAGAGCACAAAGCCAUUAUAUGAUGCAAGGAAAUGAGAUUAUAGAUUUAGUACAAAGGGCUAAAUUUAUGCAAUUAUGUUCUAAAGAGUGGUCUUCUUUAAGAACUCAACUUUUAACAUUUCCUCUUACUGUCCUAACAUCUAAAGUUCUUCAAACAUUACUUGUAUCUACUGGUUUCAAAUUUUUUUGUAAAAUACUUGAAACAAGUAAUAUAAAUACUCAAAAUAGUCAAUCUGGAAUUAUUGGAGCUGGUGUUACAGGUAUAGCAUUGUAUUAUUCCGAAUCUAUUGCAUCUAAUAUAGGUAUGGUUAUAACUUCAUAUGUUAAUAUGGAGAAAGAGAUGAUAUCUGCUGAGAGGUUACAUCAAUAUGAUGAAACAUUAACAUUGGAAUUAUCUUAUGAUCAGACAAUUUGUAAGGUUGAUAAUAACUUAGAUUUAACAAAUUCAAAAUUAAAUAAUGAUAUAAAUAAAUGUAAAGGAGUAAAAAUUAAAAAUCUUCAAGUUAGAUAUCGUCGACCAAAUAGUAAGCCCACAGAUAAUAUAGAUGAUAUGUAUUUCCCUCCAUCAUUAGAUAAUAUGUCAGCUUUAACUGGGCCAAAUGAGCAUAUUGGGGUAAUUGGAAGAACAGGUAGUGGUAAAUCAACAUUUUUACAAUCUAUUCUAGGACUUGUUCCAAUUACAAAGGGUCAAAUUUUAUUAGAUGGUGUACCUAUUAAUCAAAUAUUACCUGAAGUAAAACGUAAGAUUAUUGGAGUAUUACCACAAGUACCUCUUAUUCUAAAAGGAUGGACAGUAAGAAAUUUUCUAGAUCCAGAUUCAAAACAUUCUAAUGAUGACUUAUGGAAUGCUAUUAAUAUAUGUGGUCUCUCAAGUUUGAUUAGUUCUCUUCCUGGUAACAAGAUGCUAGAUGCAGUUAUUGUCCCUGAUACUAGUAAUUCUAAUAAUCAAUAUAAUUCUAUACCUAUAGGAAAUGAUAUUAAUGCAGAUGAUGGGAGAUCUUUAUCAGACUCUCAACUACGUUAUUUAUCAUUAGCUCGUUUACUUAUUUCUGCUAAAAAUUAUCGACUUAUACUUGUUGAUGAACCUCCACCUGAUGUUAAUGAUGAUACUGCAAAUUAUGUACCUAUUCAUCAAUUAUUACGUAAAUAUUUUCCUCAUUGUACUGUAUUUGUUGUAGCUCAUCAUGCUGCUUCUUUACAAAAUUGCAAUAAAGUUUGGGUUAUAGGUCAUGGAAAGAUACUUCAUGAAACAAGCUUAAACUCAAAUUUUACUCAAGAUGAAAUAAUGCAAUUAUGUAGUAAUGCAGAACUAGAAGUAAAUAGUGGAAAGACAAACAUAAUAAAGAAUUAA